AUGGUUCGGAACCAGACGGCCCUAGGGGAGGAAAUGGCUGGGUCCCAGUUCCCAAUGGAACCGAUCCAGAAUCAGGCCCAGGAGCCGGAGAAGCUGGGCUCCCCGGAGCAGCAGGUCGCUGGGGAACAGCAGUCGCCUCCGGAGCAGCCGGAAUCCCCGCAGAAGCCCGUUGGAAAUCCCCAGGGGCCCAAGGAGCAGGCGGCUGCGGCAAGCCCGACUCGGACCCGGGAUCCCCCGGGCGAGAAGACGGUCUCCCUGCGCCCCGCCUUCCUCCGGGUGCCACAGCCGAGCUUGGGCUACGGCUCUUUCCGCUGUCGGGGAUCUGCGAGCUCCGAGCAGCUCCAGGGCCGCGGGGACCGGGAGGGCACCCUGGCUCUGGUCCCCGUCCCGGUCCCGGCAGAAGCGCAGCCUCGGGAGGGCGAGACCUCCACCCCGGGCGCAGUGCGGGAGCCGGGCGAGGCGGGGUCGGGGGCCUGGGCGCCGGUGGAGCUGCAGGUGGAUGUGAGAGUGAAGCCCGUGGGCGCGGCGGUUUCGGGGCUCUCACCCUCUCCCGUGCCCACCACCCGCUUUUUCUCUGUGUCAGUGCCGGACUCCCCCGCCUUCUCGCGCCACUCCUCCUUCUCCCGCUCUGUAGUGCCCCGGACUCCUUCCCCUGGGAGCACAUGGGGGGGAAGCCCGCACCCCCUUGCCGGCUGGGCCGAUCAGUAUCGGGAGCAGGAGGGACGGGUCAGCCCGGGACCCGUGCGGCUCGGGGAAUCUCCGUCGGGGCUUCCCCGAUGUAGGUGCCGGGAGCUGGGACUGGAGGACAAGGAAUGGGAGAAGCUGCUGCCCGGGUGCGGGGCUGACGGAGACAAGCUGCACCAAGUGAUCACACGCAUAGGCCUGCCAGCAUACAUGAAAUCCCUACGCUGGGCUCUGGCUGUCUUGGCAGUGUUGCUGGCCGUGGCUGUGGUCACCAUCGUGGCCCUGGCCUCUCGAGAAGGAGCAAAGUGCCGCCCUUGUCCAGAAGGCUGGGUAUGGUCAGAAGAACACUGUUACUAUCUGUCCUUGGAGGCUCAGAGCUGGGAAAACAGCAAGGCUUUCUGCUCAGCCCGGCAGGCAUCUCUCCCAGUAUUGAGCCACACACAGGACUUCCUAAGCAGAUACCAGACCCACAGGUUAUAUUGGGUGGGUCUACAUCGAGGCUCUGAAGGGUGGCACUGGAUCAAUGGGGCUCCAUUGCCCCCCCAGCUGCUCCCAGAGGAAGAUGAAGACAGCCUUCAGAACCAGAACUGUGGGGGCUUGGGAGAAGGGAAGCUCAAAGCUUUAGAAUGUGCCUCCUCUAGACCCUGGAUCUGUGUCAGGGAGGCCAAGUGAUCUGCUCACUCUUCAAGUCCGAAUCCACAAGAAGUGAGCCAGGAAGGCAUCGUGCUGUUACCUGGACCAGGGCACGUUGUGUACCGAGGAGGUUAUGGUUUCUCAGUAAAGAUAUUUCUGUGAAACCUUGGCCUUGGGCCCAGAGAC